AUGGCUAUCAACUGGAAUGCCUUCGUCGAGGCAUUUAACGGAAAGUAUUUUUCCGAGUGUGCUUGUGAUAGAAAGGUCAAGGAAUUCUUGCAACUCCAGCAGAACAACUUGACGGUGGACCAGUAUGAGGUAAAGUUCGCUCAAUUGUCAAGGUACGCCCCUAGACUUAUUGAAAAUCCAGUCGACAGGGCAAAGCGAUUCCGUGAUGGUCUUAAACCUGAUAUCUGGAGUCAGCUGGUACCGUUGAACCUGAAAGAUUAUAAUGAAUUAUAUGAACGAGCUCAACUGAUCGAGAAGGAUUUGCUGGAAAGGGUGGCUCUGGCAAAGCCCCCUUAUUUUGCUCCUCGGGUAAACCAGCGCUCGGGCAAGAGAUCUUUCGUAAAAGGAAAGCGUCCCUUCGUCCCCAACAAAAAGCAAAGUUUCCCAAAGAUGACUACUGUUUCUGGUAACACCUGUUCUAUUUGCGAAAGACAACAUGGAGAUACUCCGUGCCUAAUGCGCAAGGGAGCAUGCUUUGGGUGUGGCCAACAAGGUCAUAUGGUCAGGGACUGUCCGCAACGGCGACAAGGAAUGCCUUCACAACAAAGGCAGGCAACGGCAUCAACUGGAGCUCAGCUUCAUGCUAAUAAUGGCGAUCGUCCUCCGGCACAAGGACGAAUAUAUGCACUUACUCAAGAGGAUGCGGAGAAUUCCGACGCAGUGAUUACAUGUACGGUUUUCCUCAAUAACCGUGUUGCAUAUGCGUUAUUUGACACUGGAGCUACACAUUCAUUCGUAUCUAGACAAUUUGUACGUCUGGCCAAAAUUGAAAUGAAACCAUUAGAAAAUGCACUUAGUGUUUCCACUCCGAUGAAAAAUGAUGUGCAGACUACCCUAGGAUGUCAAGGGUGUACGAUAAUUAUAGGUGGACUGGCAGAUAUUAUAAAUCUAGCGGUAUUGACCAUGUAUGAUUUUGAUGUUAUCAUUGAUAUGGAUUGGCUUAGUAAACAGCGAGCCAAUAUAUACUGUUAUAACAAGGUGAUUCAGUUUCAUCCACCUGAUCGUCCCUGCUAUACAUUUGUGGGAAAUGGAGGAGGACCUUCUACUCCUCUGAUUUCUGCUUUAGAAGCAACUCGACUGUUGCAGAAAGAUUGUCAAGGAUUUCUAGCAACAAUAGAAAAUAUAGCGAAGGAAGACGAACCAAAGUUGGAAGAUAUCCUUGUGGUACAAGAAUUUCCGGAUGUUUUUCCAAAAGAAUUACCAGGUCUACCUCCGGAAUAG